CCCAGCGUGGGACACUCUCCCUGAGCCACCCCAGCCCCAGCAGCCCCAAGUUCUGCAGUGCCACACCGUGACCGAGAGCGGGACCUUGUCACCAACUUGACUGAGCAGCGGGAGCUCUCGCUGUCCUGCCGCCAGCAGGCCAGACAAUCCUCCCUUGGCUCUCUCCCCAUGAUGGAAGCCUGAGCUGAGGAUCCUCCAUGACCUCCAGAAGCCACAACUCCCUGCCGAGAACUCUGAUGGCUCCGCGGCUGCUCUCGGAAGGCGCCCUGGGGGGCAUCGCCCAGAUCACGCCCUCGCUGUACCUGAGCCGGGGCAGCGUGGCCUCCAACCGGCACCUGCUGCUGUCGCGGGGCAUCACGUGCAUCAUCAACGCCACCAUCGAGAUCCCCAACUUCAACUGGCCCCAGUUUGAGUACGUCAAAGUGCCUUUGGCCGACAUGCCCAACGCGCCCAUCUCGCUCUACUUCGACAGCGUGGCCGACAAGAUCCAGAGCGUGGCGCGCAAGCACGGCGCCGCGCUGGUGCACUGCGCCGCCGGCGUCAGCAGGUCGGCCACGCUCUGCAUCGCCUUCCUCAUGAAGCACCACAAGGUCUCCCUGCUGGAGGCCUACAGCUGGGUGAAGGCGCGGCGCCCCGUGAUCCGGCCCAACGUGGGCUUCUGGCGGCAGCUGAUAGACUACGAGAGGAAGCUCUUUGGCAAGACCACGGUUAAAAUGGUACAGACGCCCUACGGCAUCGUCCCGGACGUUUACGAGAGAGAGAGGAGACCCCUGAUGCCUUACUGGGGAAUUUAACGGGACUGCAGAUGGGAAACGCGAGUUGAGCAGACUGGAGAUGUUCCCUUCUCCUUCUACAGCCAACUUUGGUUCUCUACCACACAGCAGAACCUCAACUCUCACCUCACUGACCCGCAAGGCCAACGAUUCCCUUCGAAGCGUUUUUCUCUAUGGGGAUUUCCCAUCUGCAUCUCUGAUUUAGUAAAUCCGGGUCUCAUUAUAAGUUUAUUCCUUCCAUAAAGCCUCCAUUUUUUUUUCCUUUUUUUUUUUUUUUAGUCAGUUUAUUAGGAACCUCCAGGGAAGGGCCUGAGAGGCGUUGGGCAGAGUGGAUGGCCCAAGUACGCUUCCUGCCUCAGUAGUAGCCUGGAUAUUUUGUUCUAGCUUGUUUGCUUCCUUGCACAACCCUGUAGUGGCUCAGGAGCAGCACUGGCGAGGCCCUGCCCCACAGCAGCAGGUUUUCCAAGCACCAGGGAGGCAGGAGCACAGGGGCUGUGGUGCUGGUGUUUUCUUUAACAUCCGUAGUGACUCUCAGUAUAUAGUGUUUGAGACCUUUAGUCAGCUCUUAAUCGUAUUCAAAGUUAGGGGGAAAAAGGGAAAAAAACAAACAAACAAAAAAGAUUGAAUCAGUCCGUGUCGGCCACAAGUAAAAUAAAAAUUGAGCAAUUCAAAUCAAAUAAAUACAAGAUCCUUUUUCACUCAUUCCAUGCCGGGGCAAUAGUCCUGGAAUACACUUCAACCACUGGAAAAUGCUGGUGUGUUCUGUGGGUGGAAAGCUGACAGAUCUUGUCCAGAUGUGGCUCAAGGCAGAAGCAGGAGGGACGAAGCCUCUGGGGCAGCCAAAGAGACGCUCAGGAAUGUGUGCAUGGCCCUGCCAGGGCUGGGGGUGUGUGCCAGCAUCCAGCAGCUUCCCAGCAGCCAGCCCAGAGCCCUGGAAGGGGUAAAUCCCUCCAGGAGGGGGUGAAUUCCCUGGGUUCCUGGGCUGUGUAUGUGUGUGCCAGCAUCCAGCAGCAUCCCAGCAGCCAGCCCAGCCCCAGAGGGGCUCAGUCCCCUGGGUUGCUCAGCUCCAGCUCCCCUCAGGACCUGCCUUAGCCACUCCUGCCUCGCUCCAUUCCGUCCUCGAGGUGAUGCUGCAUCCCAGGGCUGCUCCUCUCUGUCCCCAGGGUGGUGACAGAGGCCUGGCCUCGCCCAGAGCAUGCCAGGAGCCACUCCAGCCCCAGCCCUCCCUGGAGAAGCCUUGCUGGUUCCUUGGAGUGUGGCUGGAGCCCAGGAGAGCCCCUGGUGCUCCUGAGAAGGCACCAGAGCUUCUGUGGCCUCUGGAGGAGGGGGAGCAGGCAGAGCGCUGCGAUCGCUGUCUGAUUUCAAUGAGAUUCUAUACUUGUAAAAAAACCAAAAUCAAUAAAGAUUAAACCAGAACA